AUAUGCACAUGAUGGUUGCCAAACCAGAGCAGUGGGUAAAACCAAUGGCUGUGGCAGGUGCAAACCAGUACACCUUUCAUCUAGAAGCUACAGAUAAUCCAGGAGCAUUAAUCAAAGACGUUCGAGAAAAUGGAAUGAAGGUUGGUUUAGCGAUCAAACCAGGGACUACAGUUGAAUAUUUAGCACCGUGGGCCAACCAGAUAGAUAUGGCAUUGGUGAUGACAGUGGAACCUGGAUUUGGGGGGCAGAAGUUUAUGGAAGAUAUGAUGCCAAAGGUUCAGUGGCUGAGAACACAGUUUCCUUCCUUGGACAUUGAAGUGGAUGGUGGAGUUGGGCCUGACACCAUCCAUAAGUGUGCAGAGGCAGGGGCAAAUAUGAUUGUGUCUGGUAGUGCCAUCAUGAAGAGCACAGAUCCUCGGUCUGUGAUUAAUCUGCUAAGGAAUGUGUGUUCGGAAGCUGCUCAGAAGCGCAGCCUGGACCGAUGAGACCAGCUCAAGCCAUGUUUAAGUUUCCUUACGUAUAAGAGAACGUUCAUCUCUGUUGUGGAUGAGGGGCCAGAGAGACACUAAAUUGAGGAAACAUGGUGCUGCUGAACUGAGGAAUCAUUCCUUUACUGCAAUGAAGCAAGCAGCAGAGUAAAGUGUUACAACUGCUGUGCCAGGGCUGGAAAUGCAAUGUAUAAAUAUUAUCACUUUAAUUUCCUGGAGAUUAAUUUUAUAGCACAUGCUAUAACUGAUUGGACAAACAAUUCAGUCAGUUUUUGCUUGAAAGAAAUGCGAGGGAUAAUGCGUACAAGCUGUGGUGGAAGAUUAAAGAAACUGCCUGGUGCUCCAUGUGUUUCAUUGUAUAAUUUGUGCAUUCCUAUGAAACUUUUUUUCAGUGUUUGAAAUAAACACACUUUUACUGGUGUGGUAAAUUCCA